AUGGGGCCGGAGGCGCUGCGGCCGCGGGCCGUGCGCUGGGCGCUGCUGGCCGCCUUCGCGGCCGGGGUGCUGGUGGGCUGGCAGGCGGGCCGUGCCCGCCGCCGCUUCCUCCGCUGGCGCCAGCGCCGCCUCCAGCGCCGCCUCGCCGCCGCCCAGGAGCAGCUGGAGGCGGCCUGA